CGCUUUUCCGUAUCCAAGACAUCUCCAGCGUUGAAGAGGCGAACUAGCUGAUUUAAUCUUUUCAUAUAUCACCAUAAAUAAAUAUAGCUAGUUAAAAGCGUAGUGUAACUAUUAGUUUGUGCAUUGUGGUCUAGCUAGUUAACAUAACAUUUAGCAGUAAAAGAGUCGGGUGUUUGGGGUCAACAAUGGCUGAGUUUGGUUUCAAUGAACACCAUCAGAAUGAGGCCAUCAACUACAUGCGCUUUGCACGCUCCAAGAGGGUCAUCAGACUCAAGACCAUUGACUCCUGCUUCGAGGACCUUAAAGACAGCAGGCUAGUGGAGGAGACAUUCACAGUGGACGAGGUGCGGGACAUGCUGGACGGGCUGCAGCUGGUGGUGCGAGGGGAGGUGGAGACGGAGCUCAUCAACACAGCCCACACCAACGUGCUGCUGCUCCGGCAGCUCUUCUCCCAGGCUGAGAAGUUCUACCUCCGUCUGCAGACUGACAUCUCGGAGCUGGAGAACAGAGAGUUGUUAGAGCAAGUGGCUGAGUUUGAGAAGACUGAGUUUAAAAUCCCAAAUAAGACUAACCAGGAAAUUAGCAAGCCCAAGUUAGCGCCGCUGAAUGAAGGUGGGGUAUCUGAACUUCUCAACAAGGAGAUAUCAAGGCUACAAGAGGAAAAUUAUAAGCUGAAAGGCAGGCUCCGGACUUUGGAAACCCAGGCCAUGGGUGCGUUGGAUGAGAAGACCAGGGCGGAGAGGGCUCUCAAAGACCUGCAGAAGGUCCAGGGGGAACAGCAGACGGCCGCCCGUUCUCAGGAUAUCACUAGUCUGGAGGACACGGUGGCAGCACUGCAGGAAGACUACCAGAAGUCCCUGAGUGUCAACGCUGCCUCCCAAAGAGACCUGCAGGAGAACCUGAUGUCUGCCAAACAUGACCUGCUUAGGGUACAGGAACAACUGGCCCUGGCAGAGAAGGAGCUGGACAAGAAGUUCCAGCAGACUUCUGCCUACCGCAACAUGAAGGAGAUCCUCACCAAGAAAAAUGAGCAGAUCAAGGACAUCAGGAAACGGCUUUCAAAAUACGAGUCCGAUGAAUGAACCCUUUGCAUCACACAGCAAGACACAAAAUGGAGGUUAAAGAGGGUAGAAAUGGCCCAAAACCUGGGACUGUCACCCUGGUGAAGGUUUUGGCCCAUUUACCAUGUAUUUCUUCCCCACUGCAGGAGCAGGUGCUUUGAACAAAAAAUUGAAUUGAGAAUAUCACCUGUAGUUCAGAACCUUUCAGAAGAAUCGUAUCAUCUCGCUGAUCCAGCAGCUUUUGUAGUCAUUGGCUUUAGGAUAUGAUUGUGGGGUAUUAAGGGUUGGGGGCUAAUCGACAGAGCCUCCUAUGGUCAGUCUCACUGGGAGAAGAACCUUGAAUGUCUCUGUCCCUCUGCUAUACCGUUCUGUCCCAUAUCUAGGAGCUGGAGCUUUGUGUGUUUAGUACUAGGUUUUCCUCAUUGCACUAUGCAAGUACUUUCACGUCCUUGACUUGCUGUCUAAAAAGGAGGCCUUCUGAAUAGGAGAGAUAUGCCUGAAGCUUUGCAGCUGUCUAUAUCUGAUGGUGAUGGGUAAAUUUUUCCAUGACACCAACUCAUAGAUUAUUUUCUCUUCUCAAGACGGUAUAUUCUUUUUCACCUAUUUCUAUGUAGCUAGGGCAUCAUGCAACAUCUUUUUAUAUGUAUUCAGCUGGCGGAAUUCAGAGCUCAAUGAUAGUGAAUAGUCAUGGCUAAUGGUACAUAUUAUGAAUCGCAGCAUAGCAUAACUUUCCAAAUAUAUCUUGAGGAGAAGGUUUUGGAGGGAAACGUUUACAUAGUAUGAUUUGACAUGUUUUCUUAUUUUUCGUACAAUUUUUAUCCUGUUUUAGCAUAUAAAAAAUGCUUGGAAAGAUCAGAGGUUGGACCUAAGCGAAUGUACAAAUACUUCCCUACACAUAUAGAAUAUUUUUAUGGGAACAUUGAACUCUUUUGUCCUUAAUCCUGAUAAUAGCCUGGUAUCAAGGCAUAUAUUGUAUUGUGUCUGGCAUGUGUGUAAUAUGACAAAAGUUCAAUGAUACAGUCUUUGACGUAAUGCUCUUGUAGAGUAUGAUACACGACCACCUAUGUCAUAUUAGACGUGUAUGUGUGAUAUG